AUGAAGGUCGUAUAUCUGUCAUCAUACACAGUGUCCAUCACUUUCUUCGUUUCAUUUCUCAGUGCUCUACUUAUUCAAGCUCAGGAUCAAUCAGGAUUCAUCAGCAUGGAUUGCGGAGCUCCUGCAUAUGUGAACUAUACUGAGUCCAAGACAGGCAUAAAAUAUAUUUCAGAUGCAAAUUUCAUAAAUACUGGUGUGAGCGGGAAUAUAUUAUCUGAACUCAAAAGUAACUAUCAACGACAGAUGUGGACCGUGAGAAGCUUCCCGGAAGGAAAAAGGAACUGCUACAAAAUAAAUAUCACAAGAGGCUCCAAGUAUCUGAUUAGGGCUAGUUUCUUGUACGGAAAUUAUGAUGGCCUAAAUAUGUUACCACAGUUUGAUCUUCUUCUUGGGCCUAACCUGUGGGAUACAGUGACUAUAUAUAUUGCUUCAGAGGACCAAGCCAAUGAGAUCAUAUAUGUUCCUUCACUGGAUUAUGUGCAAAUCUGUCUGGUUGACACUGGCCAUGGGACACCGUUCAUAUCAGCCAUAGAAUUCAGGACUUUGAUUAAUGAUGUUUAUGUCACUCAAUUUGGAUCAUUGGAAGCUUACUACCGCUUGGAUUUAGGUUCAAAUAAUAGCUACAGGUACAACUAUGAUGUUUAUGAUCGUUACUGGAGUACCUAUAGUGACGAUCAUUGGACACCAUUAAAUGCUUCUAUUCCUGUUGAUUAUUUAAACCAGAACCGGAGCAGUUACAAACUGCCAGCAAUUGUCAUGAGCACCGCAGUUACACCAGUAAAUGCUAGUGAUCCAUUGGUAAUAAGGUGGGAGCCAGAUGAUGAAACUGAGCAAUUCUAUGUUUACAUGCACUUCACGGAGAUUCAAGUGUUGGCAAAGAAUGAGAUAAGAGAAUUCAACAUCACUCAGAAUGGUGACCCAUGGUAUCAAAAAUUUUCUCCACGGUACAGGGGUGUCAACACUUUAUGUAGCGUGUCAGCCAUCAGUGGGAAAGAAAUUGCAUAUUCACUUGAGAAGACCAAAAAUUCAACCUUGCCUCCUAUCAUCAACGCUAUUGAAAUUUACAGAGUAAUAGACUUCUCGCAAUCAGAUACUCACCAAGGAGAUGUUGAUGCAAUUUCAACCAUCAAGUCAGUUUAUGGUGUGACAAGAGAUUGGCAAGGUGAUCCAUGUGCCCCUGUAGCCUACUCGUGGCAUGGUCUGAAUUGUUCUUAUCCCGGAAAUGAGUCCUCAAGAAUCACCACUUUGAAUUUAUCUUCAAGUGAAUUGUCCGGAAAGAUAGAUCCUUCAAUCUCGAAGCUCACCAUGUUAGAGAUUUUGGAUUUAUCAAACAAUAAAUUAAACGAUGAAGUUCCUGAUUUUCUAUCUCAACUACAACACUUGAAAAUCUUAAACUUGGAGAACAAUAACCUCUUCGGUUCAAUUCCGUCAGCACUUGUUGAAAAAUCUAUGGAAGGUUCUCUCUCACUAAGAGUGGGCCAAAAUCCAUAUCUAUGUAAACCUGAUCAAUGCAACGAGAAGAAGAAAAAGAACAUUGUUAUGCCCUUAGUAGCAUCAGUUUGCGGGGUUUGGAUCUUUCUGAUGGCCGUGGCAGCUAUAUCGAUAACCCUUAAAACUUUCAAAACUAUUGUAUUAUACUUAACAGCAUGGAUGGUAGAAAAGGAUCAAAGUGAGAUCCCACAGCAAUACACAAAACAAGAUGAUUCAGUACUGCAAUUUGAAAAACAAAAAUAUUCAUACUCCGUGGUCCUUAAAAUUACCAACAAUUUCAAUACAAUUGUCGGCAAAGGAGGAUUUGGAACAGUUUAUUUGGGCUAUAUUGAUGACACUCCAGUUGCAGUGAAAAUGCUUUCCUCUUUGUGUGUUUGUGGUUAUCAACAAUUUCAAGCAGAGGUUAAACUUCUAAUGAGAGUUCAUCACAAAAAUUUGACUUCCCUCAUUGGUUAUUGUAAUGAAGGAACCAAUAAGAGUCUCAUAUAUGAGUACAUGGCUAAUGGAAACUUACAAGAACAUCUCUUUGGUAAACACAGCAAAUCAAAAUUAUUGAGCUGGGAGGAAAGACUUCGUAUAGCAGUGGAUGCAGCCUUAGGAUUGGAAUAUCUGCAAAAUGGUUGCAAGCCUCCUAUAAUCCAUAGAGACAUAAAAUCUACAAACAUAUUGUUGAAUGAACAUUUCCAGGCGAAAUUAUCUGAUUUUGGUCUAUCCAAAAUUAUCCCAACUGAUGGGGAAUCUCAUGAGACAACUGCUGUUGCGGGUACUCUUGGUUAUCUGGACCCUCACUACUGCAUAUCCAAUAGACUAUCAGAGAAAAGUGAUAUUUAUAGCUUUGGAGUAGUCCUUUUGGAAAUAAUCACAAGUCAACCAGUAAUGGCAAUAAAUGAAGAGAAGACUCACAUAAUUAAAUGGGUUAGAUCCCUGAUUGCAACAGGGGAUAUCAAGGCCAUAGUUGACUCAAGGUUAAAAGGAGAUUUUGACAUUAACUCUGCUUGGAAAGCCUUAGAAAUAGCAAUGGCUUGUGUUUCUCUAAAUCCUGACGAAAGGCCAAUGAUGAGUGUGAUAGCGUUUGAACUAAAGGAAACUUUAGCAGCUGAAUUAGCUCGAACACAGGAUAGUGGUGCCGAUCCAAGAGAUUCAGUUGAACCGGUCAGCAUGAAUCUGGACACAAAACUCAUGCCCCUAGCUAGGUAAAAGAUAAGAAGAAUGAAAUAAUGUUAUAAUAAAUAAGUAAUUAAAGUGUGUUGGAAGAUGGAGAUGAGUUAAUGAAAUCAAGCCACACAAGGGGAAGUGAUGUUGCGUAACAAGUUAGUCAGUGGGUGCUCUACUUUUCGUAUUUUUCUCAUUGAUAUUUGUAUGAAUGUUACACUUGUUUUCCACUACACUGAUUCCUGAAAUAACUAUCAUGUGGAACGAGUAUAUGAUCCUGUUCAUGCAAUAU